AUGAAAGCCACAUUCAAGAUGAGCGACUUGGGCCUACUUCACUACUACCUUUGUCUGGAGGUAUCCCAGACUGAGGCCGGCAUCACCAGCUGCCAGAGCUCUUAUGCGGCCAAGGUCAUGGAGACAGCAAGCUUGACGGGCUCCAACCCCAGCACGAUGCCAAUGGAGCCUCGCCUCAAACUCAACAAGGUGAGCUCAGCCCCAGCAGUUGACCCUUCCAUGUAUCGCAGUGUGGUAGGAUCUCUGCGGUAUCUGGUGAAUACAAGACCAGACCUGGCGUACUCAGUUGGUUUCAUCAGCCGGUUCAUGGAGAACCCGACCACUGAGCAUUUGGUGGCCAUGAAGCGGGUACUGCGCUAUGUUGCUGGUACUCUACACUUCGACUGUUACUAA